GGCUGUUGCUGUUGCUGCUGCUGUCCUUGGUGUUCGUUGCCUUGCACAUUGUCUGCUCCACUGCCUUUCGUGAUCUGUGCAAACGAUUUCUGUGUCGUGACCCUCAUUGGGCCUCCUUUCUGGUAUUCCUUGACUGCCCUGAUGUGCGCCUUUGUUCUCUGAUGUUCCUGGAAGAUGCUACACUCGCGCUGGAUGUGGCCAAGUUUACCGCACUCUCUGCACCUCUUUUCUUCUCUGUCUCCCCACACCGUAUCGUAAUUUCCGAGGCGCAAAGGCACCGCCAUAUUUUUCUCCAUGUCUUCUGCGGACGUAAAAUAAACAAAUGCCUCUCUUUGAUUUCUCGAUUGUCUUCCAUCCCUACUGAAAAUCUUUGGGAUGAUGAUAAACUCUGCCUUUUUUUCACCCAAGAGGGACUUCAAGUCCAAAACCGUGGUUCCCACUGGGAGAUGGGAGAGCUUUGCCACAAAACCAAGCUCCCACUUGAUCUUUUCUGUCCCAACCGUGCUUACACGAGCGAGAUCUCGCCCAAUAAAGAUCCACUUUAUUCCCGUCUGUAGGAAAUUCCUAACGACCUGCACGUCUUCAAAAAUCACUCUAGCGGUGAUCUUGAUUCCAUUCUUGCAUGGGCGGGUGAUGAUCUUCUCCACUACGCCAUAUCGCGCCAUUGCAGAUUUAAUCCUGAAAUCGUCUGUGAGUGGGUGCAAUCCGUACACCUCAAUGGUCCUCUCCUGCUCUGCCUCGCGUCUCGUGUUGUCCAUGCGCGUGAACAUCGAGUACUUCUCCGUUGUUCCAUCCUCGAGAGUGAUCCUGUCUUCGAAUCGGAGGAGCAUAUCCAGCUCGCUCUGGGUUUCGACUGCGAUGCGGAAGGCUGCCUCGCCUGUGGGCAACUUGAUGCGGGACGGGCCUUCUGUGCAGUGGACAGAAGCACGCAGGAGGAUAUCCUGCAGUUCGGAUUUCUUUUCCGCGGCGGUGUUGCCGUGGAUGCUAUCCAGGUGGAUCGAUGCCGCGAAAAAUCGGUCUCGGGCACGUUGGACUUCGAUCCACUCCUCCUGAGCCUCUUGCUCCAUGGAUUCGUCCUCCAUGGCUACCGCCUCGGCGACAUCUUCGUGCUGUUUAGCGUUCAUGGCUUUAAGCCCCAUCUUGGAGCUGUAGAUAAUGGGGACGGUCGGUGGCAGUGCAGUUCCUGAAGGACCUCCAGGAUUGGGCAGUGCAGCUGAGGUGGUGGCCUCAGCGGCGCGAACAGGUUGGCUAGGUUCCAAAAUGCCUCCUGUGGGUUUCAAUUUUUUGGCAUUCGCCAUUCCGCCAUCAUCAGGCCGAUCGUGUUGCGGAUUUCUCGAGUUUCCGCUUUGCAUCCUUAGAAGGGUCGUUGGCACUCUUGUGCGCUAACAGGGGAUGUGGAAGGGGGGUAGAUAGAGAGGGGUGUGUAAAAUGUAGCGUCCGACUUGGUAGAACGGAAAGAGU